UUCCCCGCUGGCCCACUCCCUCUCUCGCGGAGAUGCUCUGAGGACCGUGAUGGGCUACUGACCUGACGCGUGCUGGUUGGCUGUUCUGAACUCUUUGGGCUACAGCAGUGAUAGUGAUUUUUAUCUCUCAUAAACCGAGCUGGUGCAUCUUUACUCUUCUCACUAUAUGUGGAAAGGAAUCUUUUGUCUGCUUCAGCUACUCAGAGUGAAGAGCUAAAGCACUCCUGACAGCAUUGAUGGCAGUGCAAGCUAGCUUACAGGUUUGGGGUGGGGAAAAGUUCGAAUCCCCACUGCUUAGCCCACGCAGCCCCCUGACCUCUCACCAUGGCCCGGGCCUGGCAGACGUCUUGCAGUAUGACCAGUGGCUCGCCGUGCGCCACGAGGCCACGCUACUGCCCAUGCAGGAGGACCUGGCCAUCUGGCUCUCUGACAUGCUCGGGGAAGAGGUAAGGGCUGAGCCCUUCAUGGAGGAGCUGGAUAAUGGGGUAAAACUGUGCCAACUUGUAGGGAUUCUCCAGAGCAGGAUUCCCAAGGGCUGUUUCCCAGACAAGAAACAGUUUCUUAUGAAGAAAGUGGCAUUUAAGAAAGGCGCCUCUCCAAGAUCAUUUUUUGCAAGAGACAACACAGCAAAUUUCCUCUCAUGGUGCCGUCACUUGGGAGUGGACGAGACGUAUUUGUUCGAGUCUGAGGGUUUGGUUCUACAUAAAGAUCCUCGCCAGGUGUGUCUGUGUCUACUGGAGCUUGGACGCAUCAUCUCUAAGUAUGGUGUUGAACCUCCUGUGUUGGUGAAACUGGAGAAGGAGAUUGAGUUGGAGGAAACCCUGUUAAUGGCAGCAGACCCCACCCCUCCGGUUAAAACAUUCACCGUCUGCUGCCAGCAUGGAGGCCUCUACCAUGCUGACCAGGCUGACCCAGAUGAUCCUCCAUGUAACUGCUCUCAGAAGUUUUCUAUCGAGUAUCUAGCUGAAGGUCGAUACAGACUUGGAGAUAAGAUCCUCUUCAUUAGGAUGCUGCAUGGAAAACAUGUGAUGGUGCGCGUGGGUGGGGGAUGGGACACUCUAAAGGGCUUCUUGCUCAAGUAUGACCCAGGUCGUGUGCUGCAGUUCACUACGCUGGAGCAGAAGAUUCUGGCCUAUCAAAAAGGCUCAUCUGUCUCAAGCUCUGCCUUCAGCUCCCAGACUCCACAGCCACCCACUAUGAACCCUCUUGCUGCUGUUAACCUCCUUCCAUCUGCCCCUGCAGUCUCUCCCUCCUCCUCUUCUGGCACAACCUCCAAAACUGGUGUACCUGCCUCUGGCUUGGUCACACCACGAAGCUGUGCUCAGUCACCGAUCUCCACCCCCUCCCUGCCUAGGAAGGCCACAGCUCCUAAAAAGAUUCUCCUUACUACAAAGAGAAGCCCUUUGCCCCAGGCCUCUCCUCCAGUCUCAGGUGGAGUCUCCCAGAGGGCUCCUCCCGCCCCCUCCAUGCUGAAGCUGCAUCCUCGUGGGGCUCCCUCCCAGCCUCGGAGCCCUGUCUGUCCAGAACCAAGCUGCAAGCAGCUCAAGCCGUCUGUUACCAAGGCAGCACAGGGGGCCCCCUGCCCCACUGUCCCCUCCAAACCCAACCAAUGGGAUUGUCGCCUACCGCGUGCCCCACUGCGCACACGACUUGCCCUGAGAUGCCCACCCUCCCCCGCUACGCAUCACCCGCAAGACGGUAGGAAGGGGCGACCCAUCUCCCCUCGACCGGCAGGCCCAGCCAAAGCUCCCCAGCAAACCAAAGCCUCACCAGCACCUGCUCACUCUAGAAUGCAGAACUCCGUUGCCUGCUCCCGGGCCCCCAACCCGUCCUCCAGAUCGACCCAGGUCUCCAGAAGCAAAGCGGCUGGGGGGCAGACUGGUCUGCCAACUGGAGCUCUAUGCGCUCCUGCCUCUGGACACACUCCUAGCACAAAGCCUGUCCAAUCCACCCACGUUACAAACAGGAAACCUCAAACUGUUAACAGAAACCCACUUAAAAUGAACCCUUCUACCAAAGUGACCAAACCAGUCCAUAAUGCUGCCUGCCAGAAACAGACACCAUGGACUACAACUGCCAGAAACCCAGAGAAACCCUACUUUGAGAUGAACAAUAAGAAGAAGAGCUGAGAAUGCUGAUAGCUGCAGUGGGUUUAUUUUCUAAUUCAGCGGUGGUUUUGGAUUUUGAUAGGGUUUUUCUAGGUAAGGCACUUUGCUAUGAGAUAUAGACCUGAGGCAUUAGCCUCUGCUAUGAAUGCAGUAUGCUUUUAACAAAAUUUCUUUUUCAAAAUGUCUGUUUUAAAUUUUACAUGUUUAUUAAUUUAUUUGUGCCAUAUGAAAAGGGACAAGGGAAUGUCUGGUUUAUUAGAAGAGUAAACACUAACCCGUUCUCUCUCCAGUUAUUCUUUAAUGACCAGUAGACGGGGGGGGGGCAUGGCUUGAUGGUAAACUCAUUCUGAGGUGAGAAUAUAGUAAAGUAAGUUGAUUUCAUUUUAGUAAUGCAGAAAAGCUGAGUAAGUUUUUCGUGCACUGUUGCGCUAAUCAGACACUGAUUUUCUUAUUUCUGCUGAAUCGUAAGAAAAUGCCAGAUCAAUUACAUUUGUGUAAUGAAUGUUCUUACAUGAUGAUCUGUGGCACAUGGCCAUGUGUAGCAUGCAGAGAUAGCUGACAGAUGAAGUGUACUAUAUGAAUACCAUAUGAUUAUGCAAGUAAAACUAAAACAUUCCAGUUAUUGUUGCAUCUUUCUAGGUAGCAAACCCUUUAAUGUAAAUUUGGAGCCUGUCUUUGUCUUCCUGUUACGUGGCUAUGGUAACCGAAGGCAAGUCUGUGUCUGGAUGAAAUGGCAAGGAACCUUACAGUACAUUAACCAUUUAAUUCUCAUCUGAUGGAGACUAAACGUUUAGUGGUUUUAAAUUUAGUAGUAUUAGCAUUUAUGUGCCUUUCCUGUAAGGAGGUAGAAUGGUUAUGUAGUAAUGUCAUCAUCCUCCUUAAUUAACCGUUUUGAUGUGAUUUAGUAGUUGAGAGCUCUUGCAGGUCAUGGGUAGCCAUCUAGCUAACCAUGAAAAGAGCUACUACCUCUGAAAGUGCACACAUUGCCACACAUGCUACUGGUUGGGUAAAUCCUGUUUUGCGUUACAUUUUAUUCAUAUAACACAUUUUAUAUCUGUGACAAUUACACCUUUACCAGAGACAUAAUUACUGUUUAAAGAAUGAUCAAUAUAACCUUAGUACCCCCAUUUUAAAACUGGCCCUUAGUUUUAUAUGGUGUCUGUUCUUGACCCACUGUUUCUGAAAUUUAUUUUUUUUAAGGUUUUUUUUUUUUUUUUUUUAAGCACUUUACAAAAAUGUUUUUCGAAGCGUGUGUGUGUGCGUGCAUGUGUUGCCCUUUGUUUUUACAUCAAAUAAAGGUAUAUGUUCCUUGGA